ACUACUCACAGGUUAAUCUUCAGAGAUAGUAAAUAUUUAAAUAUAGCACAAGAUUAAUAUUUUCCUAAGCUUUAAUUCGUGGCAUGUUUUGUGAAAAUGUCCUAAACUGGAACAGCCGCGUUCUGUUAUCGUGAUGUAUAGGAAUGGCGCCUGCGCGUGCACGUCACUGUGUACUGCAGCAUAUAGGCAAAAACCAUUCCAGUAAUAUGGCCUGUAUCGAUGCUUAAUAGCCAAAGACGGCAAACAGUGCAGAGUGGCCUCACUUCACUUCAGUCUUCCCUUCAUCUCAUCGCAUAUUUCCUCAAAGGAAAACGGUUCCAGUCUUCAUCAAGAAUCAAAGGAUCAAGCAGCAUCUUCAGACCAGAUGAACUCCAAGCUCACCAAGAAUCAGCAGAGAGCAAUCUGCUCCCAGCUGGGAAAUUUCAAACUGAAGUUGCUCUACAAAGCCAGCAUCCAUGGUUUCACUGGAGCAGCUUUUCACCAACACUGUGAUAACCAGUAUCCCACUCUGUCUGUGGGCUACAACAACUCUGGUUUUGUGUUUGGAGGCUACACCAGACAACCGUUCAGUCAGUCUGGACAGUAUGUAAAUGAUGAUCAGGCAUUUCUGUUCUCCUUCAGUGGAGAAAAGCUCAACAAAUAUCCAUGCAUCAGUGCUCCACAUGCAGUGAAAAUGAUCAACAACUGUGGUCCUUAUUUUGGAGAAGCUUUAGUUCUUGUCAAUGGAAACCAACAAACAGUUUACAGUAAUCCUGGAAAGUAUUAUAACUUCAAUGCUGCAGAGAUGCACGGCAACGACCUCAACCUGACUGAGUGUGAAGUCUACCAGGUGGAAGAGACUGCUGAAAUGAUGAAACCAUGGAGACUUGUAAUCUGGGAGUCAAAGAGAAAGACCGAGCUGAUGGAGAGCAUUAAAUUCUACAAACCUUUGAACAGCUCAGUGACUCAGGCUCGGGUUUUACUUAUUGGACCAGUUGGAGUUGGAAAGUCCAGCUUCUUCAACUCCAUCAACUCCAUCUUUAGAGGUCACGUCACCAGUCAGGCCAUUUCUGGAAGCUCCUCCACCAGUCUGACAACACAGUUCAGAACAUACUCUGUGAAGGCUGGAAGAGAAGGUAAACCUCUGCCACUCGUCCUGUGUGACACCAUGGGACUGGAGGAAGGCGUGGGGGCGGGACUUGAUAUAGAUGACAUCAGCAAUAUUCUUAAAGGUCAUCUGCCUGACCGUUACCAGUUCAACCCCUCUGGUCCUCUGCAAUCAGAGGCUCACGGUUUCUGCAAGAGUCCAGAUCUCAAAGACAAGAUCCACUGUGUGACUUAUGUCCUGGACGCCAGCAAGAUCUCCAUCAUGUCCACAAAGAUGGAGGAGAAGCUGAAAGCUAUCCGUAGGACAGUCAACUUGAUGGGGAUCCCUCAGCUGUUGUUGCUCACUAAAGGAGAUGAAGCCUGCGCUCUGGUGAGAGAAGACAUCAGAAAUGUCUACAAAAGUGGCUACAUUAAAGAACUGAUGCAGGAGGCCGCCGCUCGGGUCGGUGUACCUUUGUCCUGCAUCAUUCCAGUGAAGAACUACAGUGAGGAGCUGGAAUUGGACACAAACACCGACAUCCUGCUGCUCAGUGCGGCCAUUCAGAUGCUUCGCUUUGUGGAUAACUUCUUUGAUGAGAUCAGUGGUCAGCUGAGCAGUCUCACAACUGGGAAAUAAUCAUCACUCAGAUCACUCCUUGUUGUUGAAGGAUCCAAAGAAGUGCUAGAUAACUUAUCAGUAGUUAUGGUUCCAGAUAAAAACUGCAUGCUGAACCACAUAAACUAAAAUUCUGAAAACUGAGAUUACAAACUAGUAUGUUGCUUCAAAUUUGCCAGAAUGUCAAAAUGACUAAAGCUAAACUACAGUGGUAGAAAACCUAGUGGCUGUCUAACUGUAGUUAUAAUACUGUACUAAAAGCUGAUUAUCCUUCUGUUCUUUGAAUGUUGCAAAUGUUAAUCGACAAUUAAUCAUAAUCUUUUGACUGUUAUCAAAGACAAACAAAUAAAGUGGCAUGUUGCAAGAGAGAGGUCACCGUCUGUUCCUGAACUUAAAGCUUUAUCAAAUAAAUGUAUCCAUUUCUGUCUUCGUUUUCACUGCUCAGAAUCCCACGGACGGGGUCAAAGAUCUAGUGCAGGCUAAACGAGGCCCUAAAGAGACUCAGCUCUGCCCGUCUUCCAGUUCUGUUUGAUGCUGACAACCUAAAUCUGGUGUGUUCAGUCAAUCGGGAGGAUGAAUUACUGGAAAACGGGCAGAAUUGAGGCCCUCGAGACCACAUGCGGCCUUUUGGCCCCUCCAUUCUGGCUCUAGUUAAAAAAAAAAAGAAAAAAAAA